AUGGAUACCGAACGCUUUGACACUUCCGUUCCUCUCUGGAUUCUGCACGUGGAUGGCUCGGCAAACCAGCAAGGUUGUGGUGCCGGCUUAGUGUUAACCACUCCGGACGGUAGCAAAGUCGAGUAUGCCCUCCGAUUCAACUUCCGGACCUCCAAUAACGAGGCAGAGUAUGAGGCCCUCUUGGCUGGCCUUCGGCUAGCCAAGAGCAUGAGCGCGAGGCAGAUCAGCAUUCACAGUGACUCCCAGCUCAUAGUGAAUCAGAUAACGGCAGACUUCGCAGCAAAGGAUGCCUCUAUGUCAGCUACCUAUCGGCAGCUCACCAACUACUGCAAAAAUUUCAGGCCUACGAGAUACGGCAGAUCCCCAGGUCAGAAAACAGCCACGCCGAUGCGCUCUCACGUUUAG